CCCUCCCUUGUGUCCACAUCCUACUCAAAUGCCCACAAAGCCACGCAAAAUAGGCACCCUCGUUGUUGUCGUUCUCAAAGCGAGAAAUCUAGUCAACAAAAGAUACUUCGGGAAGCAAGAUCCGUACUGUGCCAUCUCCUUCAAUGGCGACAUACGGCGUACCAAAGCGAUAAAGCGUGGAGGUCAACAUCCAGAAUGGGACGAGGAGCUCCGUUUCACCAUGUUUGCGGAUGAGGGGGUCGAACUGAGUCGUACUGUACAUGGCUCGGAUAUACCGCCUCCGCUUCCACCCAAAGGACUAGGGACGGACAUGAGGGUUCAGAGGACGAAAGCGAUGAGACUGUCAUGCUAUUCGGCUGAGCCGCGUGAUCCGAAACUGAUUGGAAAAACCCUAGUGGAUUUGACAGAGGUGCUUACUGAGUGGUUCCCCUUGUUGAAGAAAGACAAAUAUUCGGGAGAGGUCUACCUCGAGCCGACUUUCUUCUCUAAUAUGACGGAUAAGACGGCAGAACUCUACGGGCAGUAUGGAACGUAUGAUUUGGUCAAUUCCCCGGCAGAAAACACAUACUACCCCAUGGACAGACGUGGAGAAAGCUCUCAUGCUACCUUGGCCAACAACAACAAAGACAAUCCUUUGUUGUCACUUUCGUCGAUCAAACAGUACAAGCAAGGGGCUCGCACCUCAUCUGGCCGCCUCGAUAGCGGCUUUAGCGAGCUUGGUGUAGUAGAGCCCAAAUCGACGGAAAGUCUCCUUCCCAUGCAAACUCCAAAGCCUUCGGCAUC